AUGGCCUCGCAAACCAACCAGGAGGCCAAGCCCUCGCUCGCCGCGAGGGGCUCCAACGCCCUCAAGUGGGCUAUCGGCUACAACAACAACGAGAUGAACCGUCUCGGUGUCCCCGUCGUCAGCAGUCGCGACUGGCUCGCCAACAUCUUUGGUCACCCCGGCUCUUCUGCCGCUCACUACUUUGACAGCCUCUUCCCCUUCCGCAAGUGGAUCGGCUCCUACAACACCCAGUGGCUCAUCGGAGAUAUCAUUGCUGGUAUCACCGUCGCCCUCGUCGUCGUGCCCCAGUCCAUGUCCUACGCCAAGCUCGCCGGCCUCAACGCCGAAUUCGGUCUCUACUCGUCUUUCGUUGGUGUCAUGAUCUACGCCAUCUUCGCCACCUCCAAGGAUGUCACCAUCGGUCCCGUCGCCGUCAUGUCGCUUCAGACUUUCAACGUUAUUCAGCAUGUCAUGAGGAAGACCAACGCCUACAACGCCCACCCCGAGGUCAUCGCCAUCGCCCUUGCCUUCUUGUGUGGUGUUAUCUGCCUCGGCAUGGGUCUCCUUCGUAUCGGCUUCAUCAUUGAAUUCAUCCCCACGCCUGCCGUGGCUGGUUUCAUGACCGGUUCCGCCAUCCAGAUCGCCGCCGGUCAGGUGCCCAAGCUGCUCGGUCUCAGCGCCGUCAACACCAACGGCAACCCCGCCUACAGGAUCAUCAUCGACACGCUCAAGGGCCUGCCCAAGACCAACAUCAACGCCGCCUUUGGUCUGCCCGCCCUCUUCUUCCUCUACUUUGUCAAGUGGUUCUGUGGCUGGCUCCCCAAGCGCUACCCGCGCACCGCCCGAACCAUGUUCUUCGUCUCGGUGCUUCGAAACGCUUUCACCAUCAUCCUCUUCACCGUCGUUUCUCGCAUCUGGCUUGGCACCUACCCCCAUAACAUUAAGAAGUACCCCAUCAGCGUGCUCGGCCCCGUUCCCCGUGGUUUCAAGCACGUUGGCCAGCCUAACCUCAGCACGCAGCUGCUCGCCGAUAUCGCUCCUCAGCUGCCCGUCUCGGUCAUCAUCCUGCUUCUCGAGCACAUUGCCAUCGCCAAGUCGUUCGGUCGUCUCAACAACUACAAGAUCAACCCCAACCAGGAGCUCAUCGCCAUCGGUGUCACCAACCUCAUCGGCCCUUCGUUUGGUGCCUACGCCGCCACCGGUUCCUUCUCGCGUACCGCCAUCAAAUCCAAGUCCGGUGUGCGCACUCCGCUCGCCGGUUGGUUCACGGGUAUCCUCGUGUUGAUCGCCAUCUACGCACUCAGCGGUACCUUCUACUGGAUUCCCAACCCCGUUCUGUCGGCUGUUAUCAUUCACGCCGUCACCGACUUGGUCGUGCCCUUCUCGGUCUCGUACAAGUUCUGGCUCAUCAGCCCCUUCGAGCUCUUCAUCUUCCUCGGCGCCGUGUUCGCUACUGUCUUCUCCAACACCGAGAACGGUGUCUACGUUUCGGUCGCUGCCUCGUUGGUGCUGCUGCUCAUCCGCAUCGCUCGUCCUCGUGGACGAUGGCUUGGUCUCGUUCGUGUUCAGCACGGCACCAGCGACCCCGCCUCGUCGACUGUCACCCUCUCGCACCGCGAUGUGUUCGUGCCCCUCGACGACAAGGAUGGCAUGCGCGACCCUUCGAUUCACGUCGAGGCCCCUCCCCCCGGUGUGCUCGUCUACCGCUUCGAGGAGGCUUUCACCUACCCGAACGCCUCGCAGAUCGCCGACCUGCUCAUCGACCGAGUCAAGGAGGUCACUCGCCCUGGCCGCCCUGCCUCGCUCAACCGUCUUGGUGACCGCCCUUGGAACGACCCUGGCCCGCCCAACCCGGCGCUCGUCAAGGCUGCCCGCGCCGUCACCUGCCGAAGCCGCAAGAACGUUGACGCCGAUGCUCAGCUCGACGGCACCGCUUACGACAGGCGACCCAUCCUCCGCGCCCUCAUCUUCGACUUCAGCUCGGUCAGCCACGUCGACACCACCUCGGUGCAGACGUUGGUGGAUGUGCGCACCGCCGUCGAGCGCUACGCCGAUGCCAAGGUCGAGUUCCACUUUGCCAACGUUCUUUCUCCCUGGAUUCGCCGUGGUCUGCUCGCCGGUGGUUUCGGUUUGGGUUUCCCUUCGAAGCGCAUCACCGAGAUCGCCCCUGUUGUCAGCCAGUCGCCCAACAACGUGCUUUCGGCUCGCGAGCUCGAGGAGCGCGAGAAGGCCGAGGCGGACCGUCGUGCCAAGGCGAUCGAGCGCAUGUCGCACAAGUCGGCCAACGAUGGACCUGCCUACCCCUUCUCCGGCCGCCCCACGCAGCCCAUGACGGAGCUUGAGGCUGGUCUUGCUGGCGACGGUGCUGCUGCUAGUCGCAGCCGCGUCGACCUGCACGAUGACGAGGACCCGGACCGCAUUCGCAAGGUCACCAUCGGCGAGGCGCUGUACGACGUCAACACGCUCGACCGCAACACGCCCGCUGCGUCCACCCCUUCGCACGACAGCCUCGAGAAGAGCGUCGAGGAGGGCAACCACGCCGCUGGCCGUCGCACUUCCGAGCCAAGCAGCAUCUCGGUCCCCAUCAUCUGGGGCAACGACCUCACGCCUUACUUCCACCUCGACCUUAGCGCUGCCCUCGCCGCAGCUACCGAGUCGUUGGGAGAGGACUCGCAGCUCAGCUCGAGCAUCGAUAAGAACCACUAA